UUAAUUAUUCCGAAUUUUUAUAUAAAUUCAGAUAUUUUUCCGUACUUUGGUCUCUCUUUAAAUUCGUAUCCAUUUAUUAACUAAAUCUUCAGUGUAGAAAAAUUAAAAGUGAUUUGGCUGCGAUGGACGAUAUUCGAACUUUGCGAUAUGACAUCCAAUGGGAUGUUUACGAGAAUAUGCUCAUCGUAGACAUAAACUCAAAGUACUAUGACAUGGUAAUCGAGUUCAUGUGGUCCCAAUCGUUUCUAAAAAGCUUGGUAUUCGAGAGUCUCGGUCUUUUCGAACUGGAGGGCAUGAAAGAAACAUAUUCGAAGUAUGUGCUGCACAUUCUGCGGAACGAGUGUUCGGUGAUGAUGAUCAGCGAGGACGAAACGCAAAUAAAGGCAGUUGGCCUGCUCGAGUGGAUGACCGAGGAAUGGCACUCCUGGGUAUUCUUUCCUUCCUCCAUGCCCAGAAAUCUGUUCCAGCAGAUCAUAAUGAUGAAGAAGGAGCUCAUCGAUGCGACCAAAGCCAACCUGGGCAUCUCCACCUACGACGCCCUGAUGGUUCAUGAGAUCGCCUUUCCGGACGAAUUAUACUUUAAUAGGGACUUCCUUGUGACCAUUUUCGAUGUGUUCAGCUUUGUUGCCCAGCACAUGCACAUGCCGCGGGUAAGUUUCAUUGCCCUGAGCUCCGUGGACCAGGAGGCUGCCAGUCUGAUCGAGUACGAUGAGAUCGGACGAACCAUUUACUCGAUCUACAAGGUGGGCAACACCCGGCCUUUUGACAUCCUGCGAGAGCUGGACGAGAUGUACGCACUGCUCUACGAACUGCCAGUUGCCCCAAUAUUGAAGUACUUGGAUAUGCCCGGCUUCGAGUCUUUCCACGAGGCCUUGGACGCCAGGUUAGCCAGGGAAGCUGCUGAAAAACGACACGACGAUGACCUGUGAUUUGCAUUUUAUGUUUUAUAUAUUAAUAAAUGUCUGCAUACUUUUGGGCUGUCACCUCGGCAGUCACCCAGCCUCCCA